AUGGGCAAAAAGAAGGCGUUCCUGGAUAAGAAAAAUGCCAUCCACUAUCGGCUCGUCCCGAAGACUGCCACUGAGGGUGCUCCUGACGAGAACAAAAGGGUUGUCCUCACUGAAGAGGAGUUGGAAGAACGGCACAAAUACGGGAUCUUUUAUGACGAUGACUACGAUUACAUGCAACACUUGAGGGACAUAAGAGAGACGGGAACUUUGCAAACACUACAAGAAGCUGCGGAACAAGAAGAAAGAUUCGUUUUACGUGCGCCUAAGAUGCCACCAGCUGCGCCAUCAGCUCUCUUUAGCGAAACGCCGUCUACAUUGAGAACCGCUGACGAUGAGGUUUUCGAUGAGGAAUUGGAACAAGCACUAGAGGGCAAUUUCGAAAAUGAAAUUGGAGGAGGACUUGAAGAUGACUUCGUAAAACUCGCUGGAGGAGUUGUGGAGCCUGCACAUGAAGCUGCUCUGCGCCCAAGGCAGCCCGCUGUUCACUUUGAUAGCGAUGAAGAGGAUGCCGAGGAGUCUGAUAAUGAUGAGGAUUACAACUAUGGUGAUGAAGAAGAGGAAAAGGAGGGAGAAUCGAGAUAUGAAGUACGUCGCGAUGGUCCUCGACGAGAAAUAGAUGAUCGUUUCGAUCGUCUAGCUGGAAGCCGACUAUCAUGA